UCUUCUCUUCAGUGUUCUCUGACAAUAUGGCUAGCAAGCUCAAAGUGGACGAACUCCGAGCCCAGCUGGCUCAGCGUGGGCUCAGCACCGCCGGACCCAAGCCCACCCUGGUCCGGAGGCUCGAAUCCGCCCUUCGCAAAGAAAAUAAACAGCAGUCAACGGACGGGGUUGAUUCUUCUUCAACCAGUAAGAAGCGACCGAGCCAGGCUCAAAACGGAGACGACUCACAUGUGUCCAAGAAAAGCAAGGCCGUUGAUGAGGAGGGCGUUGACAAAGUUCAUGAAGAUGGUGGCAAGGAGGAGAAGCUGGUUACUGCAACGAAAAAAGGAGGGGCGGUGUUGGAUCAGUGGCUGCCUGAUCAGAUAAAGGCGAAUUACCAUGUGCUGGAACAGGGUGAUGAUAUCUAUGAUGCCAUGUUGAACCAGACAAACGUUGGGGACAAUAAUAACAAGUUCUAUGUGAUUCAAGUUCUAGAAUCUGAUGACGGUGGUAAAUUCAUGGCUUACGCUAGAUGGGGUAGAGUUGGUGUAAAGGGUCAAGAUAAACUGCAGGGGCCCUUCACAUCGCGAGAAAGCGCUAUUCAUGAGUUUGAACAGAAGUUCUAUGCUAAGACAAAAAACUAUUGGUCCAAUAGAAAAGAUUUUAUUGGUCAUCCAAAGUGCUAUACUUGGUUGGAAAUGGACUACAAUGACAAGGAACAAAAAUCAGAUGUGUUUAGUCAUGGUCAGGUCCAAGAAAAGCCUAAUUCUACCAUUCAACUUCGGGAGACAAAACUUGAGCCCCGCAUUGCAAAGUUCAUCUCUCUCAUAUGCGAUGUCAGCAUGAUGAAGCAGCAAAUGAUGGAAAUAGGAUACAACGCUGACAAGUUGCCACUUGGUAAACUAAGCAAAUCAACAAUUUCAAAGGGGUAUGAUGUUUUGAAGAGGAUUGCUGAUGUGAUUAGCCAGUCAAAUAGGAAGACACUUGAGCAAUUAAGUGGAGAAUUCUACACAGUUAUCCCUCAUGACUUUGGUUUUAAGAAAAUGCGUGACUUUGUCAUUGACACCCCUCAGAAGUUGAAACACAAGUUGGAAAUGGUUGAAGCCCUUGGAGAAAUUGAGGUUGCGACAAAGUUGUUGAAGGAUGAUAUUGGGACACAGGAAGAUCCCUUACAUAUGCAUUACCAACGCCUUCAUUGUGAAAUGAUUCCUCUUGAAGUCAAUUCUGAGGAAUUUUCUAUGAUUGCCAAGUAUAUGGAGAACACUCAUGCAGAAACACAUUCAAAUUAUACUGUUGAUAUUGUCCAAAUAUUCAGGGUUUCAAGAGAGGGUGAAGUUGAACGUUUCAGAAAGUUUUCUAGUACAAAAAAUAGAAUGCUACUAUGGCAUGGUUCUCGACUCACAAACUGGACUGGCAUUCUAUCCCAAGGUUUGCGGAUUGCUCCUCCUGAGGCACCUGCAACAGGUUACAUGUUUGGAAAGGGGGUUUAUUUUGCUGAUAUGUUCUCCAAAAGUGCUAAUUAUUCCUACCCAUCCUGUGCUAUGACUACUGGUGUGCUGGUUUUAUGCGAGGUUGCACUGGGUGAUAUGGCUGAACUUCUGACUGCAAAUUGUAAUGCUGAUAAGUUACCAGAGGGAAAGUUAAGCACAAAAGGAAUUGGUGCAACCGCACCAGAUCCCUCAGAAGCUCAAGCAUUUGAAAAUGGUAUUGUUGUCCCCCUAGGAAAGCCAAAGCUGCGAUCGGACCCUAAGGGUGGUUUAUUGUACAAUGAGUACAUAGUUUACAAUGUGGAUCAGAUUAGGAUGCGCUAUGUUGUUCAAGUGACUUUCAACUUCAAGAGAUGACCAGUAUGACGACCGAUUCUCCAUUUUUCCCUCACUACUUUUCCUUGUUUUUCUAUUAAUCAUAUAAAUUAGUGAAAGAGUAUUCAUAUCGCAUGUAGGAUGUAGCAUGUAUCAUAAUUUAUGAAAAUCAAAAUGGGCUUUUCAUCUAAAUUAUGAAGUCUAAUGUGUUCAUUGUUAUUUGGUUCAAAACCAGUGGAAAUAUGGUGAUAAA